AUGGUGAAGUUACCCUGGUUUGGGCCUGUGGCUGAUGUCGUGGUGGCACCCUCUGCGCUCGGCAGCACGGCUGCCUCUGCUAUUCUCGUGCUUACCUUCCCUGGGCAGGAGGGAAUGAAGGAGAAGGGGAUGGUGAAGCUGCCGUGGUUUGGACCUGUGGCUGAUGUCGUGGUGGCGCCUAGUGCUCUCGGCAGCACAUGUGCCGUCCUCGUGCUCACCUUCCUCGUGCUCACCUUCCUCGUGCUCACCUUCCCGAGACAGGUCCACCUGUACGACGAGCCAGGCAUGGAGCAGCACCUGCCUCUCUCUCACUACCCACCCCUUCCCACCCCUUCCCACUCCUUGCCGCCCCUUCCCACUCCUCGCCACCAGGUCCACCUAUACGACGAGCCCGGCAUGGAGCAGCAUCUAGUGAUCCCAUGCAAUGCCGUGGCGUUUGAGAAUCCGAAGUCUGCGGUUACCACCGGCAGACUCAUGCUCGCCCCCUGGGGCAGGCAUGCCUCACAUGUGCUCUCCCAGGUGAGACUCCGGCACAAAGUGGCCCAUGGCGGGGGGCUCAUUCGGCCAACAACCAGUCUAUAUCUCCUCUCCCCCCUCUCCAUCCCCUCUCAGCUGCCCCGUGUGUCGCAGACCCGCUGUCCCUCUGCUCUCUCCCACGGCACAAAGUGGCCCGUGGCAGGGGUCUCACCCAAUGCCCCUCGGCUCUCUCCCACGGCACCAAGUGGCCGAUGGCGGGGGGAUCAUUCCGCCAACAACCAGUGUAUAACUGUCCCUGCCUUCCCCCUCUCCCCCCACUCCACCCAUUCGCAGCUGCCCCGUGUAUCACAGACCCGCUGUCCCUCUGCUCUCUCCCACGGCACAAAGUGGCCCGUGGCGGGUGGUUCAUUCGGCCAGCAGCCAGAGAUCUCUCCAGAGGACGGGCUGUGCCUCUACAUCUCGGGCCACCGCAACGGCGUCACUCACGUUUCCGAUAAUCGCCAGCAGCCAGAGAUCUCUCCAGAGGACGGGCUGUGCCUGUACAUCUCAGGCCACCGCAACGGCGUGACCCAUGUUUCCGAUGUCUCAACACCGCUGAUUGUCCCACUGGCCUCGGCUCCUGCUCACCUGAACCAUAGAGUCCUAUCCCUCCUCCCGCCUUCCCCUCCACAACAGGCUGAUGAUCAGCCGAGCUACACGGCAGUAACAGCGGUGGACUUCUGUGCGGUAUCAGCGCUGUUGCUGGUGGGGCAUGAGGACGGGCUGGUGGAGUAA